CAAAUAUCUGUAAAACAAUUAAUAUUAAGGUUAUUUUCAGGAUCAGAAGCUAAAGAAAAGUGGAAAAAUCUACGUAGUGUUUUUGUUCGCCACUUGAAACCGGCCAAAAGUGGAGCAGGUACUGCACAAAAAAAACCAUACUACUUAGCAGACUAUAUGCAAUUUACUGUACCCUUCAUAAAAACAGCAGGAAAACCAUCAGGAAAUUUGAAAGAGACGAUAGAACCACAGACACCUGAUCUUGAACUAUGUGAACAAACACAGUUCACAGAAAAUGUACCUACAAGCACUCAACCAAUCUCGCAACAGCAAUCAUCUCUUCCUUCUACUAGUACAAACACUCAACCAAUCUCGCAACAGCAAUCAUCUCUUCCUUCUACUAGUACAAACACUCAACCAAUCUCGCAACAGCAAUCAUCUCUUCCUUCUACUAGUACAAGCACUCAACCAAUCUCGCAACAGCAAUUACCACCACCACCACCAUCAACAAAUAAUAAAAAAAAAAGAGUUUACUCGGACGUGAACAAAAUGACUGAUAGUCAAAGAAGACUGUUUAAGAGAAGAGUGCUUGCAUUGAUAGACGAUAUAAUGGACCAAAGUAGUGAAAAUAUGAAUAGUCCCAUCACACUUUAUUCUACUCCUUCACCGAUGAGUGCUGCCGAGGUAAUAAGUACGCCAAUUACCAUAAAUGAAAGUCUGAAUGUAGUACAAUCAAAUACUGCCAGUCUUUAUUAUGAAUCAAUACCUAUGUUAUUAUCACAGGAAGAUGAAGAAUAAGUAAUAAUUAUAAAGUACUUACAUAUUAAAAUUUAAUAAACAUUUAAUUACCUA